CGCUGGGAAAGAUGGCGGCGGCUGCGGCGGCGGGGGUGGGCAACGCGGUGCCUUGCGGGGCCCGGCCUUGCGGGGCCCGGCCCGGCAGGCAACCCAAGCCCGGGCCGCAGCCGCGCACCCUCCUCGCCGCCGGCCCAGCGCUCAUAGCGAGCGGUGACGAGCUGGUCGCAGCCGUGUGGCCAUACCGGCGGCUGGCGCUGCUGCGGCGCCUCACGGUGCUGCCGUUCGCGGGACUGCUCUAUCCGGCCUGGCUGGGUGCUGCGGCCGCCGGCUGCUGGGGCUGGGGCAGCAGCUGGGUGCAAAUCCCUGAAGCCGCGCUGCUCGUGCUCGCCACCAUCUGCCUCGCGCACGCGCUCACCGUCCUUUCGGGGCAUUGGUCCGUGCACGCGCACUGCGCGCUCACCUGCACCCCGGAGUACGACCCCAGCAAAGCAACCUUCGUGAAGGUGGUGCCGACCCCCAACAAUGGCUCCACUGAGCUCGUGGCCCUGCACCGGGACGAGGGUGAGGACGGACAGGAGGUGCUGUCCUUCGAAUUCCAGAAGAUCAAGUAUUCCUACGACGCCCUGGAGAAGAAGCGCUUCCUCCCUGUGGCCUUUCCCGUGGGAAAUGCCUUCUCAUACUACCAGAGCAGCAGAGGGUUCCAGGAGGACUCAGAGAUCCGUGCAGCUGAGAAGAAGUUUGGGAGCAACAAGGCUGAGAUGGUGGUGCCUGACUUCUCAGAGUUGUUCAAAGAGAGAGCCACAGCGCCCUUCUUCGUGUUCCAGGUGUUUUGCGUGGGGCUCUGGUGUCUGGAUGAGUAUUGGUACUACAGCGUCUUCACACUCUCCAUGCUGGUGGCCUUCGAGGCCUCCCUGGUGCAGCAGCAGAUGCGGAACAUGUCAGAGAUCCGGAAGAUGGGCAACAAGCCCCACAUGAUCCAGGUCUACCGUAGCCGGAAGUGGAGGCCCAUCGCCAGCGAUGAGAUUGUCCCCGGAGACAUCGUCUCCAUCGGCCGCUCCCCGCAGGAGAACCUAGUGCCGUGUGACGUGUUGCUGCUGCGGGGCCGCUGCAUUGUGGACGAGGCCAUGCUCACAGGGGAGUCGGUGCCACAGAUGAAGGAGCCCAUUGAAGACCUUAACCCUGACCGGGUCCUGGACCUCCAGGCCGACUCCCGGCUCCACGUCAUCUUUGGGGGCACCAAGGUGGUGCAGCACAUCCCGCCGCAGAAGGCCACCACGGGCCUGAAGCCAGUCGACAGUGGAUGUGUGGCCUACGUUCUCAGGACCGGAUUCAACACAUCCCAGGGCAAGCUGCUGCGCACCAUCCUCUUUGGAGUCAAGAGGGUGACUGCAAACAACCUGGAGACUUUCAUUUUCAUCCUCUUCCUCCUGGUCUUUGCCAUUGCAGCAGCCGCCUACGUGUGGAUUGAAGGCACCAAGGACCCCAGCCGGAACCGCUACAAGCUGUUUCUGGAAUGCACUCUGAUCCUCACCUCGGUCGUGCCCCCUGAGCUGCCCAUUGAGUUGUCUCUGGCUGUCAACACCUCCCUCAUCGCCCUGGCCAAGCUAUACAUGUACUGCACGGAGCCCUUCCGGAUUCCAUUCGCCGGCAAAGUAGAGGUGUGCUGCUUCGACAAGACAGGGACCCUCACUAGCGACAGCUUGGUCGUCCGUGGGGUGGCUGGGCUCAGAGAUGGGAAGGAGGUCACUCCUGUGUCCGGCAUCCCCGUAGAAACGCACCGUGCUCUGGCCUCAUGCCACUCCCUCAUGCAACUGGAUGAUGGCACCCUUGUGGGUGACCCCCUCGAGAAGGCUAUGCUGACAGCCGUGGACUGGACACUGACCAAAGAUGAGAAAGUAUUCCCCCGAAGUAUUAAAACUCAGGGGCUGAAAAUUCACCAGCGCUUUCAUUUUGCCAGUGCCCUAAAGCGAAUGUCCGUGCUCGCCUCCUAUGAGAAGCUAGGCUCCACUGAUCUCUGCUACAUCGCGGCUGUGAAGGGGGCCCCUGAAACCCUGCACUCCAUGUUCGCCCAGUGCCCACCUGACUACCACCACAUCCACACGGAGAUUUCCCGGGAAGGAGCCCGAGUCCUGGCGCUGGGGUACAAGGAGCUGGGGCACCUCACCCACCAGCAGGCCCGGGAGAUCAAACGGGAGGCCCUGGAGUGCAACCUCAAGUUCGUUGGCUUCAUUGUGGUCUCCUGCCCUCUCAAGGCUGACUCUAAGGCCGUGAUCCGCGAGAUCCAGAAUGCAUCCCACCGGGUGGUCAUGAUCACAGGUGACAACCCGCUCACUGCCUGCCACGUGGCUCAGGAGCUGCACUUCAUUGAAAAGGCACAAACGCUGAUCCUGCAGCCUCCCAUGCAGAAAGGUCGACCCUGCGAGUGGCGCUCCAUUGAUGGCAGUGUCAUGCUGCCCCUGGCCAAGGGCUCCCCGAAGGCGCUGGCCCUGGAGCAUGCCCUGUGCCUCACGGGCGAUGGCCUGGCCCACUUGCAGGCUGAGGACCCCCAGCAGCUGCUUCGCCUCAUCCCGCACGUGCAGGUGUUCGCCCGUGUGGCCCCCAAACAGAAGGAGUUUGUCAUCACCAGCCUGAAGGAGCUGGGCUACGUGACCCUCAUGUGUGGCGACGGCACCAAUGACGUGGGUGCCCUGAAGCAUGCCGACGUGGGUGUGGCACUCCUGGCCAAUGCCCCUGAGCGAGUUGUUGAACGGCGCCGGCGGCCCCGAGACAGCCCUAUCCUGAGCAGCAGCGGCGUCCGGGCCACCUCCAGGGCAGCCAAGCAGAGGUCGGGGCUCCCGCCCUCCGAGGAGCAGCUGGCCUCCCAGCGGGACCGCCUGAGCCAGGUGCUGCGGGAACUCGAGGAUGAGAGCACGCCCAUCGUGAAGCUGGGGGAUGCCAGCAUCGCUGCCCCUUUCACCUCCAAGCUCUCCUCCAUCCAGUGCAUCUGCCACGUGAUCAAGCAGGGCCGCUGCACACUGGUGACCACGCUGCAGAUGUUCAAGAUCCUGGCACUCAAUGCCCUCAUCCUGGCCUAUAGCCAGAGUGUUCUCUACCUGGAGGGCGUCAAGUUCAGUGACUUCCAGGCCACGCUGCAGGGGCUGCUGCUGGCCGGCUGCUUCCUCUUCAUCUCCCGCUCCAAGCCCCUCAAGACUCUCUCCCGAGAGCGACCCCUGCCCAACAUCUUCAACCUGUACACUGUCCUCACGGUCGUGCUCCAGUUCUGUGUGCACUUCCUGAGUCUUGUCUACCUAUACAGCGAGGCCCAGGCCCGGAGCCCCGAGAAGCAGGAGCAGUUUGUGGACCUGUACAAGGAGUUUGAGCCGAGCCUGGUCAACAGCACCGUGUACAUCAUGGCUAUGGCCAUGCAGAUGGCCACCUUUGCCAUCAACUACAAAGGCCCACCGUUCAUGGAGAGCCUGCCAGAGAACAGGCCCCUAGUGUGGAGCCUGGCCGUGUCGCUCCUGGCCAUCGUGGGCCUGCUCCUUGGCUCCUCGCCUGACUUCAACAGUCAGUUUGGCCUCGUGGACAUCCCCGUGGAGUUCAAGCUCGUCAUCGCCCAGGUCCUGCUCCUGGACUUCUGCCUGGCGCUCCUGGCCGACCGUGUCCUGCAGUUCUUCCUGGGGACCCCGAAGCUGAAAGUGCCUUCCUGAGAUGGCAGUGCCGGCACUUGCUACCCAUGUCGGUGCCACUGGGCAGGAGCCCCAAGAGGGAGCACUGCUCCCGUGGCGAGGCAGGCCCGGCCUUGCCGCCAGGACUGAGCUGAGCUGGGACCACCCCACAGCCACCUGAGGGCCUGGCUGGCAGAACCAGCCCUGGGCCGGCCCCUUUGGUAAAUAAAGCCGCAUCCACCGUUUUAAG